GUAAAAUCAGAAAACAGAGUAGGCAGAGAGCAUCAAAGCGUGAAAGAGAGCAGCCGAAAGCAAAAUUCUAACUCAAACAAAACACAAGCAACACUCGCAGAGACUUUCACAAUCCCAAAGCAGCAAUGCAAAACUUAAGCCCAUCGCCACCGCCAUUAUCACCACCUUCAUUUCUCUCCGCACCCACCGCCCUCUCAAUCAAAGACCCCAAAGCCCUCCUCUCAAUCAUCCUAGUCUCUUCCCUUUUUGCUCUCCUCCUCUUCCUCUCUUCCUCUUCCUCAUCCUCAUUCUCAUCCUCCUCUUCUUCUCCGCAUUCUAUGCCCGACCCGUAUCUCUUCCCGACCCGACAAGCCCACCGCAUCGUUUACCACGACAACAACUCCUCAGAUCCCAUCCCUCCCUCCAUAGCCUACCUCUUGUCCGGGUCAAAAGGCGACUUGGGUCGGAUCCUCAGACUCCUUUACGCCACUUACCACCCCAGAAACCAAUAUCUUCUCCACCUUGACCGCUUUGCUUCUGAUUCUGAGCGUGAAAAGUUGGCUCUCAAAGUCCAGUCACUCUCCAUUUUCAGAGCUGCCCAGAAUGUCCAUGUCAUUGGAAAGGCUGAUUUUGUGUACCCAACAGGAUCUUCUGGUAUCUCCUUUACGCUUCAUGGCGCGUCGAUUCUGCUUCGCUUGUCGACCAUUUGGGAUUGGUUUAUCAGCCUCAGUGUUGGUGAUUAUCCACUUGUUACACAAGACGAUCUUCUUCACAUUAUGUCAUUCCUGCCCAAAGAUCUAAACUUUGUGAACCAUUCAAGUUAUAUUGGUUGGAGAGAGUCUAGGAGAUUGAAACCGAUAAUUGUUGAUCCGGGGCUUUAUCUUUCUCAGAAAACUGAGAUGUUCUAUGCUGCACAGAAAAGGGUGUUGCCUAAUGCUUACCGGUUGUUCACAGGUUCUUCUUUUGCGAUUCUAAGUCGUAAUUUUAUUGAGUUUUGUGUUGUUGGUACUGAUAACCUGCCAAGGACUGUAUUGAUGUAUUUUUCUAACACACCUUCAGCCCUUUCCAACUACUUCCCUACCAUUCUUUGCAACUCCUAUCAGUUCAAUAAAACUGUCAUAAACCACAACUUGCUAUAUGCUAAUUUCGACACACGAAAGAAGCCCCAGCCAAUCAGUUCCGAUGAUUAUGAUGUUAUGAUUCAUCAUGGGGCUGCCUUUGCCACAGGAUUCCGGUUAGAUGAUCCAAUGCUUGACCGUAUAGAUAGAGAUGUAUUAAAGCGCGGUCGAGGAAAAGUUGUGCCUGGUGGCUGGUGUUUAGGUGGGUUUGGAAAUGACACGUGCUCAGUCUGGGGAGAUGCUGAUAUUUUGCGGCCUGGUCCAGGUGUAAGAGGACUUGAGAAACUUAUGGUUGGAUUGCUCUCAAAUGGCUCAUUUCGAUCUCAUCAAUGUCUAUAUGAGUGAUCUGGAUCCUCUGUCCCACGAGAGAUUGAAUGAAAACGAUAAUGUGAGUUGCCCCUUCAGCAUUUGAAAAUUUGGGAGAAGAGUAUCUGAUAGGGACUGAUUUUAGCGAAACUAGGCUAAGUUAAAUUGAAAUUGUUGUAAAAUGUAUUACAAAUCAUUGUGCUUGGAGUUGACCAAGGUGUCCUGUUGUACAAGUGAUGUAUUACAAAGCAUAUAACUUGAAAUGUCAUAUAUCUCCUUUUGCUAU